ACUCGGCGGCUAGCUAGUUAACUUGCUUUAGUUAGUGGCUUUGUGCGGAACCCGAGAGAUACCUUUGCAACGCAAAUGGACGCAGACACGAAACCAGAGGUGGCUCCCGUUCCCGUUUCCAACUCCGCCUGGAGUGACCAGCUGGCGGAGAUGAUGGCCUGGUUCGAGGGCAACCCCAACCUGCCCGAAAAGAUUGAACCCAUUGUGAUGCUCCGUUUCCUCAAGUGUAUGGCCUACGAUGUGAAGAAGACCAAGGCCCUGGUGGAGCUCAACUACAGCAUGCGGAAUAAGCAUCCGCACUUGUUUAUGGAUCGCAACAUGAACGACGAGAUGACCGCCAAGGGAUUGAAAGUGUCCGACUGUCUGAUACUGCCUGGUAUUACGCCCGAGGGUAACAAGCUGCUCUUCUUCCGCAUGACCGACUUCGAUCCAUCUACGCGCAAUUCGGUGGAGGAAACCAAGAUCUUCUUUAUGCUAAGCGAUGCUCGGUUCACGAGGCCGGAUGUGGAGGUGGAUGACGGAAAGGAGUACGUUCUGGACGAAGCAGAUAUUGCAAGCGGGGAUGUGCAGAUUGUGGAUAUUGAGGGCUAUACCCUGCGACACCUGGCCUACGUCUCGAUCUUUGUGCUGCGGAUCUACAUGAAGUUCCUUCAGGAGGCCUAUCCUUGUCGGCUCAAGGCCAUGCAUGUGAUCAACUGCCCCUCGUUUCUGGACAAGCUUGUCUCCAUGAUGUCGCCCUUUUUACGAGAAGAGGUCCGAAAUAUGAUCAAAUAUCACACGGAGGGCCUGGAGAGCCUCUAUGCGGAGGUGCCCAGGGACAUGCUGCCGGAGGAGUACGGUGGCAAGGCGGGCACCGUGGAGCAGCUGAAGGCCAGGAGCAUUCAGUCCCUCCGCGAAAAGAGUGAAUAUCUGAGUGACGAACGCUUCUGGAAGGUUACGUCGCAGAGCAAGAGCCGCUGGUUAUGGUUCUAAUACCCUGUAGGAUCCUGGUUCCGAUAUCCCUUGGCGAACGUGAUAUUCAAAUGUGAUCAGAGAGCGCGCCUUGCCAAAGCGAAGCUAUCGAUAAAACGGGGAUGUCCCCGUUUCGGAAUUCAUUCAGUUUGAGGAAUCAACAUUAAUGUUUAUAAGACCUUUAGUUAUUCCAUUAAAUUCUCGCCAUUAUAUCUGUAAGUAAGGGUUGGAAUUUAUCUAAUUUAGUCUUUUGUUUUUGUAAAAGGGUUAAUCUAAGCCUAGCAAUCUUUUCUAUUCUAUCAUCCCAGUAAGGGUAAGGAAACUGUAGAAUUAUUACGAGCAAUAUCCAAUAAAUUAAAUUAGAUACAUUUUAUUGCCAUCAAGAGUCAAUUAGGAAUUUUAAUUAACUUCAUUACGGCUGCUUGAGGCCAUUUGUUUGAAUCAUUUUGUAUUUUAUUGUUUGGGAAAAAGCAAGUGAAAUGCUUAGCCACUGAAGGAAUAUCAAUAAGCAGAGCCAUUAAGUGUGUCUAAAAUUAUAUUUAAAUUAUAUUUUUAGCUCGUAAUAAAAUCAAUCUACAAGAACUAGCAAUUAAA